AUGCCUUUCCUUGCGGCUGUUUGUUUCUUGUUGGUUGUAUCGUCUGUAAAUGAUGUCCCCUCUUUCUGUGUGUUUGGUCCUUUUUUUUUUAUUGUCUUUUAUUUGCCUUUUGAGGUUUACUCGCCCAUUCUUUGGUUAGGCAUAUUGGCACGGCCGCGAGCAACACACAUGAAGUCCACCAGUUACCAGCCCAUCCGUGUGCGGACGCUAGAGAUCCUGUGGCACGGAUGUGAGCGCGAUGAGGAGGCGGUGCAACUGGGUUUACAGAGUGUCGCCAUUGAAGGUAUUGUGUCAAUCGACUACAACAGUCAGAAGGAUCGCAUUGUCACUUGCGGCGGUGACGGCUAUAUACGUCUGUGGCAGCUGAACCCAGAAGCCACCGAUAGUUGGCUUGCCAACAGUCAAAGUGACAUGACGGCAUGUGUCAGUUUUGUCGCCGGUAUGCGGACGUCGUGGAUGCCCUUGACGGCGCGUUGGUCCCCACACGGAAGUAUGAUUGCGUCCGCCCAUUGUGAUGGGAAAAUAUGUUUGUGGUGGCAAGAGAAGCAUGAGGACGGGAAGAAGGAGGAGGAGUGGAAGGACUAUCGACAUCUUUCUGGCCAUGUGAUUGACGUCUAUGAUUUGUGCUUUUCGCCCGACUCGCGGUAUCUUCUUAGUGCUGGUGGGGACGGCAGUGUUGUCAUCCACGACCUUGAGGGCUCCACCGUGCCGGUGGUGCAGCUGACGGAGGUGCACCACAAGUUCUGUCGUGGGGUGGCAUGGGACCCGUGGUGUAAAUACGUCGCCAGUUUUGGUGGAGGACCCCCGCUGCUUUUCUUCACUCAUACCGCAAAGACAACAGGGGCGUCACGACGGGUGCACUUGACAGGACAGCGCAAAGCGCCAGGGGAUUAUAUUGGGGAAUCUUGCGCCACAACUUUUCGGCGCUUUGGAUGGUCUCCCGAUGGAUCUUUGGUGGCCGUUCCAUACGGGAAAGCAUCGCAUCAUUCUAACAGCCAGAAUCAACAUCAUCAACAUAAAAAUAACAAUAAAGAUGCCAGUGAAACGCGUCGAGGGGACGAUAUGAUCCAUUGCGUCUACGUGUACACUCGCAAUGCCUUGGACAAGGUAGCAGCUCGGCUGACUAUCCGCGGCUACUCCGAGGUGCGUGGUGUGCUGUGGGCGCCGUGCUUCCUGCAGCCCCUUGACGAAGACGACGGUGACGGUGGCAGCGACGGCGGUAACGGCAGCGGUGUGGAAACGAGUGGGAGAAGCGAGGGUGAAAGAGAAGUGGCGCGGGGUGGGGAAGAAACGGCAACGAACAAAGCAGAGAGGCAGCGAUGCGCUUUGGCUGCUCGUGGCUCAUGGGGACCGGACAGCUACCGUAUGGCAAUGGCAGUCUGGACAGCGGAUUCGGUGGUUGUGUACACGACGGACAGCGAUGUACGCCACAGUGACUAUACAGACCUUCACAUGCGCAGCAUCUCUGACGUGGCGUGGAGUCCCAAUGCCAGAUAUCUGUUGACCGCCUCGCUUGAUGGCUACGUCUCUGUCAUAUCCACCGGUGGCUCUCUUGGGAUUGCCCACAAACUCCCACUCUUCUCCACUGAGCCUGUGACGGUGGGUUUGUGCUGCAUGAUGUCAGAGAUCCACAGCCUCGGUGAGAAGCUGGAAACUGGAGGUCGGUCCGCGGCGAACAGUGCGACUGCGGCAAAGACCUCUUCGGGUGGCGGUGCCCUGUUGCAUGCGCCUGUCAAGAAGAAGAGGAAGUUGGCGGAGGAGCCGCAGAAGCAGCAGCAAGAAAGUGUACAAACUAUUGGGGCGAUACCGCUCAGUGAGCUUUCAGAACUGAUGGAGAACAUUUGA